UUGUAUCCUCUUCACCAGACCUCAUCGUCCGCCGCCUCGUUCACGGACGUCGGGACAGGCUCAGACAAAAAAGCGGGACAACAGGAAUCAAAUACUUCUCCGGCCCGACAACAGGAGCCGAGCCGAGUCGGAGGAGCCAACUCAGUCUCAAACUCCUGCUCACCCCAUCCGGCUAGUCGUCACGAGACCGACAGACUCGGCUCGAACUCAGGCUGCCUUAACUACACAAAAGGGCGUCGGCAUCCGCUCGUCAGCCCCGCCAUCCGACGCCUCCUUUGGCAGCACUUUAUGCCCUCCCUCCGGCGGCUUCACCAACUUACCCAACUGACGUAUAACUGGCCGGCCGUCCAGCUCUCCGGAAACGGAGAGUUCGAGCCUGGGAGCUUUGAAUAA